CAAUGAACGGCACCGGAAGUACUAUUAUUUUGAAGCGCUAACCGCUGUGUCAACAUACUGUGGCACAACGAGGAGAAACGUUACUCGAUUUAUUUUUGUUCACAGCCCGUGUUGCCAGGAUGAUCAUCCCUGUUCGGUGCUUCACGUGUGGCAAGAUCGUGGGAAACAAGUGGGAAGCGUACUUGGGCCUGCUCCAGGCCGAGUACACUGAAGGCGAUGCUCUCGAUGCCCUGGGUCUGAAGAGAUACUGCUGCCGGAGGAUGCUUCUUUCUCACGUGGAUCUGAUCGAGAAGCUAUUGAAUUACGCUCCUCUGGAAAAGUGAAUCGGAUUGACUUUGAAAUUAUAGUUUUGUUAAGAAUCCAAAUGACACAGUUGUAAAAAAUUUGAAUGUAGUUUUUUUAUGAUUUUCUAAAUACAGCAGUUGAAUUUCAUUAAUCUGU